AUGGAUCACGGACAUCCAGCUCGUCGAUAUUAUUUGCUUGGAAUUUUGGUGUUACUCGUGAGGGUAGUAAAAUUCUCGCCUGAUUCUGUCAGAAUCUGUUUGCUAACGGUGUAUCGAUCCCAAAUUAAAAGAGCGACUUGUCAAGUCAAGAGGUUUGAUUUGCAGCCUGAUACGACACAACAGGAGUCGUCGAAUGAGCAACACGCAGAGAAUCACGUUGAAAANCAACACGCAGAGAAUCACGUUGAAAAAGACGACUUGGCACGAAAACGUCGUGAAACUCAAAAAGCGCCCUCAAGGAGUGCACUCAAGAGCGAUCACGGAAUCGAUCGAACUCAGGCAGAUACCACUCAAGUGACCACUGAACUGUUCACACAAAAAACACGUGAGAGUGCCGAAUCGAGAACGAGUCUAGGCAAGGAUGAGACGAGAAUUUCAUUCGGGAGUGAUACCAAUUAA